UUUGUAGCCCUCAUUUUUUUGUAUUAGUAGAUGAUAUAAUCAAAUAAUUAGAUUCGACAUACUGAUGAACCACUGAAACACGUGAAUCUUUUUUUUUUCUUUUAGAACACUAAUCUGGAAACUUUCUUUUCUUUUCAGUAGUGAUAUAAAGUAGGCAGUCAGAGAGACACGCUAGUCUUUGACUACCAAUACAAACUUAAACUUAAACUUAAACUUAAACGAUAGCGAUAGCGAUGCUCCAUUGGGUUUCUCCAAUGAUUUAUUAUAUAUCUGUUAUGUGGUUGUUGUGUUCCAUUAAUUGUGAGACUCAUCAUGCAGUACGGUACUGCAGUAAUUGACACAUUUUUGCUGUGAAGAGUACACGCGGUCCAUCUGGUGGAAGCUUUUGUUACUUUUUUAAAUUUACAACAGCACAUGGCAUCUGGCAGUCCACUUAAGGCAAAACAAAAGGGCGCUGUGGAUCCAGACCUUGGACAGCUGACUUCAGAAAUGGAACCAACACUUCAUGGCUUUUUCCCUCUAAGAAGCUGCCAUGUUACUAUGUUUGAAGAUUAUGGAGAUUUGUUUUCCCCUGUAUUUUUGGGCUCGAACCCACCUCCUAUUUGGUGCAACUGGACUAUUGUGGCUGACCAAGGGAAGCAAAUUAUUUUGCACUUGUACCAGUUUGCAUCCAAGGAAAACUGUGAGAUGAAUGAAGAUCAAAUCAUCUUUGAGGAGUUUCCUGCUAGGAUGGAAAAGCAUACAUUGAAUGGAUGCUGGAACGAACAAUUUUACACUUCUCAAUCCAAUAUUCUUUAUGUGUUUUGGCUUUCCAUGGGCAGUCCAAGCAUUGGUAAUGGAGGAUUCUAUGGGAAUUACGACAUUUUUGAGGACAACCUGCCCAUAGAUAAGACUGCGUUGCCAAUAUUACAUCAGAUUAGGGGCACUCCCCCAGUUGAUCGAGAAGAUAACAUCAUCAAAAAUCUUAAGGAUAAGAAAAGUUCCUUGGGUAAUGAGAUGGAAGAAACUACAGAACAUUUUGUGCAAAAUCUUACCCCAUCUAUGACAAGUGUGUACAUUGAAUCGCCUUCCUUUUUAUUGCAUGAAGAGAGAAGUCAUAUUCCUACUACUGUAGAGCAGUCUCCUCUUCCCCUCGGGCAACUCGGUGAAAAUUCUGCAAGUGCAGCUCUGUACUUGUUGAGCACAACUUCAUUUCCGACACAAAGCACAUGGAGUGAAGCAUUUAGCACUGAAGACCACGAAGAUAUUAGCAAGACUGGGCACACUAAGCUUUAUAAGCAUCUGACCACUCAAAGUGAAACUGAAUAUCUUGAAAGCUAUAAACAUGACCAACAUCCACAAAUCACUACUCCAAAUGCAAUAGAAAGCCAAGCAGAAUAUCCAGAAAGCAAUCGUGACCAACAUUCACAGAGAAUUACUACUCCAAUGGAAAGUGAAACUAAAUAUGUACAAAAGUAUAAACAUGACCAGCAUUUACAAAAGAGAACUACUCCAAAUGAAAUAGAAAAAUACCUAAACUAUAAACAUAACCAGCAUGCAAAGGAAAGGGAAAAAGAACAUCAAGAAAAUAAACACGACCAGCAUUUACAAAGGAUUACUACUCCAAAUACAAUGGGAAAUGAAGAGGAAUAUUUUGGAAGCUAUAAACAUGACCAGCAUGUAAUAGAACGUGAAACAGAAUUUUUAGGAAACUAUCGACGUCAACAAAUUACUACUCCAAAUGCAGUGGAACGUGAAACGGAAUAUGUAGGAAACGGCCGUGACCAGCAUUCACAAAGGAUUAGUCCAAAUGCAAUGGCAAAGGAAGAGGAAUAUCUAGAAAACGUUAAACAUGACCAACGUUUGCAAAGAAUUACUACUUCAAAUGCAAUGGAAAGUGCAGAGCAACAUCUAGAAAAAGACUGGCAUGUAAUGGCAGGUAAAGCUGUAAGCAAGAGAUUCCAUAUAGUUAAUCCUACUGAGAGUGAGACUUUGUUCAGAACUGUUCAUUUGCAGUCAAAGCUGCCUGAAAUCCAGUCUGAGGCUUUGGACUUUGGAGAUUUGGAAGCAAUGGCUGCUUUGGAUUUAAGAGGUGACCUUGAACUUGAACCAACCAGAGUCCAGUCCUUCUCUUUGGAAAGUAUGUUUCUUGGGAUGCAUGACACCCCCGCUGAAGAAAGGUUUGUAGUAGAUGCACAGCCUUUAAAUAAAGCUAGGCUGGAAGACGUGGAUGGUGUUUGUAGUUCUUGUGAAUUAUCCAGAGUGUUUGUGGUAGCUACAAGUGGAGAAGAGGUUGUAGAAAGUUUGAUCCCUACUUCAUUUGCAGACAAGUUCAAGCAGUCUCAAACCUUUGCUGAUAAAAGCAAUAGUGCACCAUACCUUCCAAUAUCUACAGCUAAUUAUCUGGAAACCGUGGAAUCUAAUCAAACAUUCAAAAACAUCCGUAACUCCAUAGAAGUGUCACGGGUAGUCUUUCAAAGCAGAGUUGAAAGUCUAGAUGGCGGUGAAGACCAUGAAAUAAGUCCCAUAUUGACUAAUCGUGAGUCCACUUACAGGGUUAAUGGAGAUAAAACUGGUUCUGUCACCCCAGGACUUUUAGAGGAGGCUCCUGAAAUUAACCAACAGCUAAAAUUCACAACUCAUCCAUCUGAAUCUAAUUCAUCUCUUAAGCAAGAUGGCAUUGAAGUACAGAUACAAACUGGGAAACUCUGGACCAAUGCAGCUUGGGAAGAAUCGGUUGGAACCACAGAUUCUGUUAAUAGAAGUGAGAGAAACACAUUUGCAGAGAUAAGAGUGAAUGGUGCCAGCCCUCUAGAACCACUCCAUGAAGGCCCAACAUCAAUUGCACAUGCAUUUAACGUCUCUGAUGGUGCUUACAGAUCCCACAGAAAUGUUACUCCGCUUGUUCAUUUUCCUGGAGAGUAUUUGUUUGAAGUAUCUAUUGAAAUGCAAAUUAAUCACACUGGAAGCGAGAGCUUGGAGGAUUUGGAAAGGACACUCUUGAUAUUGUUGGAGAAUCUGAUACAAGAUGAUUUGAAGCAUUUGCAUCCACCCAAAAGUAUCGCUUUGAAACGAGUUAAAAGAUUGAAAUCUGGUCUUCUGUUCAUACUAUGGCUACACUUUGGCUUUGGAGGGAGAAGCAUGCAUUUAUUGAUUCAGUCUUACUUGCAAAGACUUGUGAAUAGGCCUGUGGCAGAGCUGGGAACCAAGAAUGCUCUUGUGAGUUCUGUAUCAACAGAAGAUGUAAACGAGUGCAGUACCGAGAUGCUGCUGUGCGAUGCCCAUGCCGAUUGCUUCAAUGAUUUUGGCACUUACACAUGCCGAUGUCAGGACGGCUUUGAAGAUCGGUCUCGAGCAGGCUUGGGUGGCACGAUUUGUGUUAAUGUUGCAGGUUCAAAAUCACCCACCCUCUUGGAAGCCUUAACUGGCUCUGGAUUUGUGUUAAUUGUGUUUCUAUUGCUUUCCAUGGUUGUCUUGGCAGUUGUUUAUAAAAGACAGCAACAAGGAGAAUUUGUUCAUUGUGAUAAUCUGGAAUCUGCCGUAUCGCAGCAGUGUUUGCAAACUCACAGUGGUGGACUUCAUCAAAAGGGUGACUUGGUUGAGCCUAAAGAGUGUGGCCCUAGAGAAGGCUUGCCUCUUACUCAGUUAAAGUAUUUCUGUGGCUCGGAAAGAAUUGGUUCUGGAAUGUCUGGAAACACACAGGGAGAUGACCUGAGCAUUGCUGACGAACAUGCAAGAUUAUAAGUAAGUCUGCACUUUUGUAAUCCUCAGCUACCAUAUUGGUAUAAGGUACAUGUGUAAUUAUUUGCAGUGAUAUAUAGUUUGUCUAGCCAUGCUCAUGCAUGAGGUUGGUAUAGAAUCACACAAAAGGUCUGUCAUAAGUAACUGGAUUUCAGCCAAAAUUUCUUUUAAGGCGCGUCUUGUUUGAAACAGUACUGAUCUUGUUAUGUAUUGGUUGUAAGGGAGGGAGGUCAGUUCAUUGCUUUCCAUCUGAUGCUGCUGGUAGAAACCCAAAGUACAAUGUUUUAUGUCCUGAGUGUAUUUUUAUUUAGUAACAAUCCCUUAUGUUAAUUUUAAAAGUAUAUUGUUCCGUGUGCCUUGUGCCUAAAUGUCUGUCUGUGAUGGGGAAAUCCUCACUGUCAACAGUGUGUUUGUACAGAUCUGCAUGUGAUGUGUAUCUCUACCACUAGGGGUCAGAUUAUACCACUUGAGUUGGUCUGUUCUGGUCUUCCUUCACAUUAAAAUCUCAACUGCUAUACUGCUA